AUGUUUUGUCUACGAAGCUGGCUACCACUCCUCUUCAUCCCGACCAACGCCUCUCCACUCUUCAUAAUCUCCUUCGUCGCCUUAACAUACAUCAUCCACCGACCAUGCAUCUACUGCUCAGCACUACUCCUGAUCCUAUUUGUCUCAUCCUGUCACUGGUCAGACCGUUGUAUCUUCGACCUGCGCAGCAACUGGUUUGCUCCGCGGUAUAGCGCAGAAUCUGGCGACUACGGCUCUAUCUCCGGUAACGCCUCAAUGGAGACAACAGUACCCACCGAGGGAUUGACGGAGUUCGUGUUCGACACUUUCAAUUCUACUGCCAAGGCGUUGGCUGGUGCUGCUAUGGAGGGUGUGCAGCAGCGUCUUGCGCCCAACGGGUUGGAGUCAAGACCGGAUGAGUGGACUGGGGUUGGGCUGGAAUGGAUGCGUAGCCUUUUGGGUAGGCGGGAGUGGACUCUUCCUUGUGUGGAUGUUAAGGUGCGACUAUAG